AUGGGGACGGCGUUGGAUGCCCUGGUCACGCAGCCCUUGGUGAACCGACGCCCAGCUGCCCCAACCUUGCCGAGUUUUGAACUCCCACCACCACCAUUUGUCUUAGCUCCAAGUGUCGCGGCGUCCAAGUACUCGACACAUCCGAACCACCCUCCAGUAUCGCAUCCACCCGCCAACGUGAGCGUCGGCAAUCUGCUAACACCACCCGCCACAAAUCAGUCGGGGGAGACGAUCCAUUCUCACCAUUUGGCAUCCGCGGCUGCUGCCGAGCUACCCCCCACGUAUUGGCCAGGGAACAGCCCAUAUGGUGCAGGGCAGGCUUCCGCCACCCAGGCCUGGGCUUCUGGAGUACAUGCAGCCUAUCAGGGACGUCCAGCUUAUUCUCCCGGGGCCGUAGGAGGCCGUUCCCACGUUACAUCUCCCCCCACGACGGAUGGCCUACCUCAACCUCAUUCAUUUGAGGCCCCAUCAUUAGCUUCAUUUCAACAAGGCUUGCCCGCACCGCCAUCCAGUAUUCCGCCCCACGUUUCACACCCGGCCACCAUGGCUUUGUAUCCAUCGGCUCACGCCACAUCCCCCGCACCUUUGCCUUCAAAUGAUCCAUAUGCGCCCAAACACCCUUCCCUAUAUGGCGCUCCACCACACCUGAGCCCGCACCAAGGCGGCUUCUCUCCCAUCUAUGGAAGCCAUUCCAUGGGCGGGGCAGGAGUUGGAAUGAACCACUCGGCACGCAUGCCCGCUCAAAGUCCGACGGGCCAACCGCACCUGGGAUACCCUCGUCAACCCUGGCCCCCGUACUCUCUCCCCGCCAUGAACGGACCCGUCAUGUCCAACGUCCACAGCCCGAAUAGUCCCAUGGCUAUGAUGGGAGGCAUGCAACCUGGAUUUUUAUCUGGAUUUAAUAGCGGCCAUGUGGCAAAUACCCAGCAUCUCUAUGGAGGCCACCCACCACCCCACGGUCUUCCUGCACCUGCCCCGGAUCGUCCAUUUAAAUGCGAUCAAUGCCCGCAGAGUUUCAACCGCAACCAUGAUCUGAAGCGCCACAAGCGAAUUCACUUGGCGGUGAAACCGUUCCCUUGCGCCCACUGCGACAAGAGCUUCUCGCGCAAAGAUGCGCUCAAGCGGCAUAUUCUAGUCAAGGGCUGUGGCAAAGAUGGUGAUUCUGACGGAAAUCAGAAUCAAUCUGGAGAUACCAUCAAGGGCGAACGAAGUGAGGACGGAAGUCCCACCCUCAACGGACGAGGUUAA